GAAACUUCCGCAUUUAAAAUCAUCAAGAAUUGCGCUUUUGGCUCUCAAGGGGGCAGCUCACGAAAUAGCCGUUCUUCUCAGGUUCGGUCACCAUCGAGUGUGGCUGUGUUAAAGCUUUUCUUUAGGAAAGAAUGAAACAACAAACUAAAACAUCGUAAAGUGGAACGCUGACGAUCGAGCAGCUAGUUUACUCAAGUGUUGUUGUCUCGGAAAGGAAAAGGGAAAAAUCAAGUUCUGCCAGUUCGUUCUAUUGUUUGGUUGUGAACGAGCGUAGGGCAUCAGCACGCAGUUUUUUUUUUUUUUUAGAUCGGCAUAGAUAUAGCCUCAUCAGAAAUCCGUUAAUUCCGUCGAGUCGAUUGAACUUCUAUUCAACGUGCGGAUGAAAUGGAAGUGUCAGUUUCUAAUUGGAUACUCGUUGGAGUGCUGCUUUUGUUCCAUGCUCUAGCCACUGAAUCAUUGGUUUUUGAAACGGAUGACGCUAUUGUCGUCAAGGCGGGUACCAGACAUUCACCCAACCAAAACGUUGAAUUUGCCCGAACAUCCAAAUCUAGUGACCAGCAGCAGAAAAAUUCAGACGUGAGUGAAUGUCUAACGUAUGACGGACAUUCAGGUGUUUGCUUACCCGUAUCAGAAUGCUAUCCUUACACCGAAGCGCACAGAUCAAUCGACAACCUCGAUACGUGGGUAAUCGGCACCCGUGGUACGUGCAAUUACGUCGAGCCCAGUGGCAAACAGAUUUACGGAGUAUGCUGUCAUGCCUCGCAAAGGUAUAACCGCACAACAAAAUUAGAAAAUUCUUUUGAAAAUGAAACGGACUAUAUUGACGCGACGUCACGUAUCGUUGGAGGCUGGAAUUCAUACACUGGAGAGUACCCGUUUAUGGCAGGUAUUAUGGGUAACGGAAAGGUCUAUUGCGGAGGCUCCUUGCUUGACAGUAUACACAUUUUAACAGCAGCGCACUGCGUUCACAGGUUGACACCACAAGGCGUUGCCCAGCUCACGGUCAUUAUGGGAGCCGUGGAUUUAAGAGAUCCGACCAUGGUUAUCAGACGAGUGCAUAGCAUUACACGCCACAAGGCAUUCGAUGCCACCAAAUUGUAUAACGAUAUUGCGUUAGUGACCAUGGAUUCGCCAGUCCAGUACAGCAACAUUUUAUCACCUGUAUGUCUCUACGACGACGUAGGUGUCAAUCACGAUGGAAAAGAAGCCGUGGCUAUCGGUUGGGGAAACAUUAGAGACGGUGGGCCCAGGGCGGAAACGUUGCAGAAAGUUUCACUUCAAAUCAAAUCGCAACAAGAUUGCCGACAAAAUUUCGGCACUCGAGCCCCGGGUGGCAUCGUGGAUCAUUUCAUUUGUGCCACAGCUCCAAGGAAGGACUCUUGUGCUGGUGAUAGUGGUGGUCCUCUGAUGAUGAACCGUGGCAACCGGCAAUGUCAAGUAGGAAUCGUGAGUUGGGGAAUCGGUUGUGCAACCGACACGUACGGAGUGUACACACGCAUCUCGUCUUUCUCCGAAUGGAUCAACCGCAAUAGAAUUCGAUUUUAGAUUGGAUGGAAACAUCACAACAAGAGGAAACAUCUUUUAAACACAAGGAAUUCACCCCCGGUUGCGUUUACGUUUUGGGGAUGUUUCCCUUUUUAUUUUAUUUUCCAGAAUUUUGUUAACGAUUUGUACCGAACGAAAAAAAUAAAGAUUGUGAUUUUCUCAUCGA